CCAAAAGAAAUUGAAAUCGAGAGAAUCAUCAAAAUUGUUAACGACCACCCUUUCCCUGAUCACCCGCUUCACCCCACUCUUUUGCAACAUAUCCCGCCAUCUGUGCUUUCAACUUUGCUUGUGAAAAAUGUGCUCGAUCGUCUCUUUGCAGCACACUCCAAUGGCCUUAAAGCCUUUGAAUUCUUCAAAUUCUCCCUUCAACACUCUCGCGUCCGCCCAAGUUCAGAUGCUUUUGAGAAGAGGCUCCAUAUACUUGCACGAAUGCGCUACUUUGAUAAAGCUUGGGAAUUGAUGGAAGAAAUUCAACGAACAAACCCUUCCUUGCUAACCCUAAAAUCCAUGAGCAUCUUGUUAUCGAGAAUUGUUAAGUUCCAGACCUACGAAGAUACCCUUGAAGCAUUUGAGAGGAUGAAGAAAAAUAUAUUUGUAGGGAGGAAAUUUGGCACCGACGAGUUCAAUGUACUACUUAGAGCAUUUUGUACUCAAAGGCAGAUGAAGGAGGCAAGGUCCGUGUUUAACAAGAUGCAUCCUCGAUUUUCUCCUAACACCAAGACCAUGAAUAUUUUUCUGUUGGGUUUCAAGGAAUCAGGUGAUGUUACUGCUGUAGAACUGUUCUACCAUGAGAUGGUUCAAAGAGGUUUUAAGCCGAAUAAUGUGACUUACAAUAUUAGAAUUGAUGCUUACUGCAAAAAAGGAUAUUUCGGUGAUGGUUUGAGACUUCUUACAGAAAUGGAAGGUGUAAAUUGCUUGCCUACAAUAGAAACAAUAACAACAUUGAUUCAUGCCGCAGGGGUUGCUCGAAACAUAGCUAAAGCAAGAGAGUUGUUUGAAGAGAUUCCCAUGAAAAACUUAAGGCCUGCUACUGGUGCUUAUAAUGCUUUAUUGAAUUCUCUUGUAAGAUGUAGGGACGUGGAGUCUGCAACCAGCUUAAUGGAUGAGAUGGAAGAGAACUCGGGUAAAGAACCUCAAAAUUUUUCCAAGCAUUUUUAG